GGCCUGCAGACUCUGGACUCUACGCUUAUGUAACAGCUGGAACACCGCGACGCUCCCUGGCCGCCGGGUCACCGGAAAAGGAAACGCGACUAAUUUACAGACGGUCCCCGGACUUUCUGAUGAAAUCUCAAAGUGAGGCUACGGACGGACGCGACGCGGCGGUGAAACCUUCUUUAGAGACGGAGAGGAGCACAAUUAUCACCAGUCUCCACACGGGGAGGACAGAAACUGGACUAAACUGGAUACGGAAGCCGGCAAACUGUGUUUCUGGAUCUAUAAUCUAAAAUAAUCUGUCGUCGCUCUCUACACAGCUGCUAAGCUAACGUUAGCUCCCCUGCUAGGCUAACCUGUUAGCAUCACCGGCCGCCGACGGAGAGACCUCCUCCUCCUCCUCCUCCUCCUGCCGCCGCCUUUUACCGGAGAAACCGGACAGCAUGUCUCUCCUCUCCUCUUCACACCUGGACGUUUCGUCGCACCAUGAUUCCAGUGUGUUUCGGUAUUAUUCGGCCUCCAGCUCCGCCACCGUCCUCACCAAGUUCUCCACCAGGAAGAAGUCCAACCACCACUCUCAGCAGCGCGCCGGGGCCGCGGACGGUCUCUCCUGGGGCCCCUCCUGCUCUAACGGUCGGUCUGUGUGCCGGUCUGAGUAACGAUGUCUCACUGAAAACCCUGACGUGUUGAAAGCGCUGGUUCCUGCUCCUGUAGACCCGGGCCCUCCCGCAGAGCCGGGCUGUAGCUGUCAGCUGUCACCUGCGCAGGUGAUGUCACAUUAUUUAGAUUUUGCACUUUUGAGUUGAAGAAAAUGUUCAGAAGUUUGAGCGGAGAGAGACUUUUAUCCGGCGGGCAGAGCUCGACCUCCCCGACCGGGCACGGAGUCGCCUCUCCCGGGCUGGACAGUCAGGAAAGCUCGUGGAUCGGCGUGCUCUACAGGCCCGCGUUCGCCUUCCUGCAGAGGUACCUCCGGGGGUGGCCCCGGGCCCCCGCUGUGGCGGAGACGGGAGGCGGGUGGAUCAGUGGGGAUUUAAAAACCAGCGUUGCUGAUGAAGAAAGAGCGUUUUUAAGCCAGCUGGACGACAUGCUCCCGCAGCCCCCGGCCCCGCACCUGACCUUCCUGCGGUGCCAGCAGGAGCCGACCUGGCUGACCGCGGAGUCUCUGCGGGAAAUGGGGAUUCAGAGCGAAGAAGAAAUGGACUUAAACCUCUGCCAGCAGUCUGAGAUCGGAUAUUUCUCCUCUGCCAGGACCUUCCUGACCCACGUGUGGUUGAGCUCGGUGUCUUCUCAGGAAAUGAAGCCCCGGGGGGGGAAGCAGUUGGUGAUGGAGGCGGUGAGCUCCUCGCUGAAGGGCGGCGAGGGCAAAACCUGGUGGGACAGCUUCUGGGGCGGCGAGGAGAGCUCGCAGAAAGGGCCGGUACCAGAUGUGUCCCGGGCAGGAACAGGCCGGCUUUGUCCCCCAGGGGCCGAGACAAAUGCCCCCGCUGUCGAAACAACCGCUGUGUUUGUCCAGAGAGGCGGCGGGGGAUGGACGCUGGGAGAAAACACUGGACCGACUCACCACAAAGAGGAGCCGGCCAACAAUGGAGGCCUUCACACAGUCCAGAACACAGAGGGGUCCGCACCAGACCACCUGCUCGCCAUCACAAACCACCUGAGCAGCUCAGGAGUCGCCGCCGCCUGCAGUGAGGCGGCACUUCUGACCCCGGAUCAGGACAGUGGUUACUCCAGUCUGGAGGAGGAGCGCCUGGUGACGGGCCAGCGCUUGAUGGUGAACGCCCCGAGCGAAGAGCCGCAGGAGUCCCCUGAACCUCGGGCAGAGAUGCAGAAAGAGGCUUCUGAGGAGGGGGAGGAGUCUACAUCAGAAGAGGAAGGCGAGGAAGAACAGGAAGUGCUCACCUCCCCCCAGUGCCAGAACAAAACCAUCGCCUUCAUCAUGGGCUGCCCCUGCAGUGACGACGACGCUAGCGGCCAAUCAGACGGGGGGUCCAGUGACGACGAAGAUGACGACGGCUUUGACAGCGAGGGCUCGUCCGACCUGUCCGACUCCUCUGAUGAAGACGAAGACGACGAAGCCUCGGACUCGGACAGCGAGGGAGACUCCGAGGCAGAGCGACUCUGGACCUCCUUGUGCCAAAGUCUGGACCCGUACAACCCCCGCAACUUCACCGCCCGCCUGCACACCGGCAGAACGCCGCCCAGGACCGUCCCCACCUCCACACCUCCCUCCUCCACCCAGUCCACCCCCGCCUCCUCUCCUGACCCCUCCUCCCUCGCCGCCUCCUCGCCUCCCUCCGGCCUCGACGUGUGGGACGACUCGACCUCGGCCAGCGAGGCGGACGAAGCAGAAAGCCUGCGCCUGUGGAGCUCCUUCAGCUGCUCCUCGGACCCCUACAGCCCCUUUAACUUCCAGGCCCCGUUCAGGACUCGAGAGCCGGGGGCCCGGACCAAGAAGGCCUCCAAGACUCCCCCACACUCCCCCCACCCUAACCCAGCAUCCCCACCUGAGUACAGGAAGGAGGGGGCUGAGGAGAGGCUGGACAGCGGCUUCUCUGAAGCCUCCGGGUCCUCCGGGUCCUCCAGGUCCUCCACCUCACAGAGCUGCAGCGCCGUCAGAAAGGUGCGUUUCUGUGACUACGUGGAGGAGUUCUUUGCCAGCUGUGGCGAGGAGGAGGAGGACCGCCGGGGCCCCUGGGAGGAGCUGGCCCGAGACCGCCUCCGAUUCCUGCGCCGCUGCCAGGAGGUGGAGCAGAGCAUCGCCUACUGCCUGCAGCCGCAGCACCGCAGCCUGGUGUCCCGCCGCCUCGGCGCCGUCCUCUACCUCCAGGACGCCUGAGGGACGACGUGUCCUCCAGGUCCGGGACGCCUGAGGGACGACGUGUCCUCCGUGUGCUAGUUAAUAGAUAAUCUGGUAUUUUUAAACUCUGUUGGUGCUGAAAUGACUUGUAGGUACAAACAGUUUUGAAUCUGUGCAGCAGCUGCAACAUAUUCGUGAAAUCAUCGUUUCGGCCCGACAGGCUCAGACGGUUAGACCAGGUGUCUGACGACAUCAUGAGAGGCGAGUUGUUGCAGGAAGCCGCCGCCGGUGGAAACGAGGGAGAGGAGUUUGUUGUUGGAGUAACGUCAGGAGAUAAAGUCUCACUAGCAGCUCCUCUACGAACACAACAAACGCCUCCCUCGUUUCCACCGGCGGCGGCUUCCUCGGGUCCCUCGUAGGGAUCCUUCCCACGCUGUAGUCAGCCUGAGCCUGUCGGCGGCAACAGGAAGCUCUUUCUGUGGACGUUAUUUUGACGAGCGAACACGUCGCAGCUGCUUCACACCUGUUUGUAUCCGCGAGUCAUUUCAGAGAACGGGUUUAAAAACCCGGUCCGGUGCACGUUGCGCUGAGGAGCUGACACGCUGCACCUGUUCCGCAGGUGAACAGAAACUUGACUCUGCAGAGACACGGAGCAGGUGGACGGACUGAGAGCUGAACUCCUGACUGGCGUGGGUCAGACAGAGUCCACGUGUCGGUGUCUCUGCAGCCUGAUUCAGGGCCGCUUCCUGACUGACUCUCUAAGCGGAAGCUGGUGUUGCUGCUGAUCUGAAGGGCUUAACGUGGCUUCACUGUGAGGCGGCGCCGCGAGCCUGCGGGACGGCGUCGGGACUGAAAGAGACAGACGUCUGAAAGAGUCUGCAGCCGUUUGCAGUUUCAGUAUUCCCUCCCUCCUCGUGUUGACUGUGACUUUUCAGUUACAGAGAGACAAGCUGCUGCUUCAGCAGGAAGUGUCCGAGGUCAUGUGACUGACGGGGGGGGGGUGUGUUUGUGUUGCACCUGCUUCAGUUUGUUUCCUAAUGUUUGUGCUGAACGACUCGAUCAGGCGCUUCAGAUGAACCAGUCCACACUAAAGACGUGUCUGAAGAGAGAUUCUUUAUUGGUUAAUGUGCCAGGUUAUAAUUGAAUCAGUUAAACAUGUUCCUCUCAGGUCCAGCGUGACGUGUUAUUAAACGCUCGCAGAUGUUCAGUUUACAGCCGGAGAGAAACAGGAAGUUCUUCUCUGCUCACAGUCGGAGGAGAGAAGAAGAAACCCCGUUCACCGAUUAUCUAAACAACUCGACCAACCAAUCGCAUGUCAUCAUUCAGCUCCGCCUCACACUCAGCCGGCUGUUUAUCAUUAAAUAUCAUUUAUCAUCUGAGAAGGAAGCGGCCGCUUCGUGCGACUCGUCCAGCAGGUGACAGGAUGCUGGAUUCCUAUUGGCUGCUUCAGUUCUGUCUGUGAAGCCAAAGAUGGCGGCUGUGUGAGGAGGAGCUGAUCGUGUGAUGCGCUGCAGUAUUCUGUGUUAAGGUCCUGUUGUUGAUCUGAACAGCUGACAGACAGGAAGCUUGUUUCUGCGUCUCCACCUGAGGAUCUGAGCGCUCGCCACUUUAAAAUAAAUCUGUUCCUGCGGAUAAAGUAUUAGAUACAGGAAGUCAUUAUUAUUAUUAUUAUCCAACAACCUCUGAAACAGAAAUCAUCUCGACCAAAAAGUAGAAACCAGUUCACUUUGUUUACUCGGUGGACGGAAGCUUCGGUCUGUGAGUUCACGUCUGUUCUCGUCCUGUCGAGGGCGCAGUGACGGCGUUCAGCUGACAGGAAGUCAGAAACCGUGAGGGUCGACCUCCUGAGACUCAGUGAGAGGCAGAAACGCGUGUUCAGUGUUCAGUUAAACAGAGUCGUGUUUCUAAAACUGAUAAUUAUUAUAAAUCAUUAAAGAAGAAAAAUCGUUUAGUUAAAGCGUCUGCAGGAGACGACAGACGACUGUUUGCUGUUAUUUUAGUCCAGAAUGAUUUUUAUUUUUCUAACCGGUGACUCGUUCUGCUUCAUUUCCUCACAACUAAAUAUGACAAAUAUUAAAUCAAUAUUUAAUGAUCA